AAUGUCAAAUAUAUAAAUAAAACAUACGAGGCAUAAUAUGUACUGUACUCUGAUUAAUAAAUGUAAAUAAUAAUUAUGAGAUUUAUUGUGAUGUGUUCAAUCAAUGAAAAUGUAUUGAGUUCAACAGUGCUAUUAAAAAUAUAUUAAAUAUUCAAUUUGAGGCAUUUAACAUUAGCAAUCGAAACUUGAAACUAAUUCAAAAUUCAAUUAUCAUGGAUAAAUUUCCAGACGAAAUACUUCUUAUGAUUUUUGAAUGGUUGCCUGCACACGAAGUAUGUGCUGGUGUCGCACGUGUCUGUCGACGCUGGGCUCGUGUAGCGCGAAGGCGUGCGUUAUCCUUACGCCAUGCACGACACCUUAAACGAUUACGCCAUCGUCCAAGAGCAGUCCUUGCUGCAGCGCGCUUGCCCGAGCCCGCUGUUUUAUUUCGUAGCUUAGAACUUCUUGCUCCGUGUCUGAGAGAGCUUAGUAUCCACGCUGAAAUGCCUCUUAGUGACAACGAAUUACGAAUUUUGGCAAGCUUACCUCAUCUCCGACAUCUCGACGUGUUCGCUCGUUCACGCUUCCUCGGAUCAUCUUUUCUUCCUGUUGCCAAACGUCUUGGAUCUCUGGUUGUUAAUGAGAAUGUAGCAAGAGGAGUUUUUCGCACAUUGGCGUCUCCAGCUUGUCUCCAUGCACUCCAUAUGUAUGGUCGUUCAUUGCACUAUCCACGACGUGAUUUAUUAUUUUUAUUGCGUGCCAGUGUUGAUCAACUUUGUGAACUAACACUGCGGUGCAAUGAGCUGAAUGAUGCAGUUUAUGAAGUGAUCUCUUCUUGUUCAAAUCUUAAGACUUUGCAGUUGUAUUCUUGCUGGCUAAUGACAAGAACUGGGGCAAUGUACUUAACACAUCUCAAACAAUUACGUUGUCUUCAUAUAACUGGAGCGCGUAUGGUGAGGAACCGUGCCUUAGCAGCCUUGAUACACGGUCUGCCUCAAACAAUUGAAGAACUAGUGUUGAGUGCUUCGUGGUUUAGUGAUGAACAUAUACCUGUAUUAAUUGAAAAGUUACCAGGACUACGUGUUCUUGAACUAUGGCGUUGUCGGGCAUCAGCUGAUGGACUAACAGAGUUAGUGAAUUCAUUGCCCAUUUUAGAACAAUUUGACACAGAUAUGAUGCUUGGAUCUCAUAAUGAACAUAUUAUAGCAGUGCAUCCAUCGCUCAAAAUAGUGCGGUGUCGCUUAGAUACAUCUGCUAAGACAAAAUCGAAAAAUGAACAAGUUAAGUAUUUAGCUGCAGACACGAAAUAUCUAAAUGCUGUGUUGCGAGGAGAUGGGGAAGGUUAUCGUGCUGAUUUAUUUUAUUACUGGACUCAGAGAGUGCCCUUGGAAACAUUACCACAAAGUUUAAAAUCCUGGGCACAACCAUAUAGUUGACCAUUUAAAGUUGAAAUUGUUUCUCUGUUAUGAAAAUAUACUGUGAUAUUUUGUUAAUGCAUAGACUGGCCACUCACACGCCUGCCAGAGCAACAAUCUAUGGUGCAGGGUGGAUGAGACAAUUUAGAAGGCUUUUUUACACUCACGCCUAGUGUGAGAUUUCAUGUAACACACAUGUUGUUUGAAUUGGUAAAGAUAGCAGUAUAAUAAAGUCAAAAAAGCUCCUUAACCUUGACAGUUUCCGUGGUACCACUACAAACCAAGGUACUGGGUAAAAACUGGUUAAUCAUCAUCAUUACAGGCUAUCAAAGUCAUCUGCUGAAUAUAGAUAUCUACCAUACAUUAUCUCAUAUUUGCCAUAGUUGCCACGCCUGGCACUGGGUUUGCAACUGCAGUUUUUAUAAUUUUAAGUUAUUAUAUUGUUAUAUUAUGCAACAUGAGAAGAAAACAAAAAAACGUGUAAUAAUUUUCGCGUAAUAGCUUCUAAAGUCGAGGCUUAAAUUCAAUACACUAUGUUUUAGCACGUACAUACUUAAGCAGCUAUUAUUUGGAAAUUAUUUAAUUUUUUAUUUAAUUUAUGAGCCACACAAAUCACAUACACAGCCUACUUCGAACGGCAGUCUACUGCGAACUAUAGGAGAAAUUGUCACAAUCACGCUGUAAACGCCAAUGAGGGCUAAUAAUUUUCUGCUCCCCAGAUGUCACUAGUUGACACUGAGGUAAAUUUUUUUGUUACGCAAAUUCAUUUAACUGAGAAGUUAUUUUUUAAUAAAAGUUUAUCAGUUUCUAGAGUAUUAUAUUAAUACACUAAACAAUGCCUCAGUGGUUUGCUCUUUAAUUUUUUUCAUAUUUUUAAAUUUUUUUAAAUUUUUCUACUUUUGUGAAUAGGGUGGAUGACCCUAAUACCAGCCAUGCCCCUAAUUCCAGCCUUUUCACCUUUUUACUUCGUAAAUAAGAUUUCUAUUAGUCUUAACUACAAGUAUUGUCACCUAAAAAAUUCUUCGUAACUAGAGGAAAGUUUAUUUCAAAUAUUACCUCACAGUUUGAAACCUAACAGUGUUAAAUUAUAAAUCAAAACACGUACGCGACGAAAAACGCUCAUUUUACGAGUAGAGCCAUGCUGCAGCUAUAUUGUGGUUGCAGCACGAAUGGGUCGGCUCGACCGGGGUAGUACCACGCUCUCACGGAAUACCAGCGUAAAAUAGCAGCUUAAUGCUGCUGUGUUUCGUAUGGUGAGUGUAGAGAACCGGUUACCUGUUUUACUGGAAACGAGGCAUUCCAUCUCGGUCCUCAGGAGUGACAACCCAUCUGCAUUUUGAUUCUUAAUUAAGGAUAAAUGUAGAUGUCUAUGGGCCACAGCAUCCAUUUACCAUCAGAUGGACUGUGUGCUCGUUUGUCACCGUUAUCCUAUAAAAAAAAAACCUAAUUUCUUGACAAGUGAUGAUCCCGGUAAAAUUAUGCUUACUUUACAUUAUCUCAUAUAUAGGCUUUUUGAAUUGUAUGAAUAUGGCUAUAGACAUAGUAAUGCAGUUAUUUUUGUUAAAAUUUACAAGUUAUUUAUUUUCUUUUAGUGGAAAUUAAUGGGGCUGUAAUUAGAUAUACGAAAAAUAUGGGAGUGCAUAAUGUCAGCCGCCGCCCGGUUGUUAUUUGGUUUGACGUACCUAAUAAGAAGUACCUAAUUUCAGCCACGUAAUAUAAAUCAGGGCUGUCAUAAACUGGAAUAAAUACCAUUAAUUAGAUCGUAACUUAUUUUAUAGUUAAGGGAGUUAUGAUCAAUUCCUGUUUUAAAAUUGGUUUUAGAUAUUAAAGUUUAGCAAAAGAUGUACUAGCUUUUCUAUCUGAUAUUCGGUGUAUAUUAAGGACAGCUUAUGUAUUUAAUUAUUUUUUGAGAAAGAAGAAAAAACAAGCAAUAAAUAUAGUAAAUAUAUACUAGCUGUUCCCCGAAACUUCACCCGCGUGUAAUUUAGGGUUUUAAUUAUGUUGCGCGGAACCCAAAUCUUUUUCUAAAAUAUAAGUAGCCUAAGUUACUCCUUAUAACAUCAGCUAUCGUUCAAUGAAAGUCCCGUCGAAAUCGGUCCAACCGUUUCGGAGAUUAGCCGGAACAAACAGACAGACAAACAAAAAUUAAAAAAAAUGUGUUUUUGUUAUAGGUACCGUUCUUACUUAUUAUACUUUCAUAAGCAUUUAGUAAAAAGCUGUUAUUUUGACAUUACAAAAUGACACUUCAAUUUUAUUUAUUUGUAUAGAUAAGCAAAAACUAUAACUUAGUAAUGCUAAUUACAACUUAGAACAUAAAUGAGAAACCCAUGACAAGUAAAGUGGUUUAGGACCAGGCUUUGCGGCAGUAUAUGGAGGAGUAUGUUCCGUAGUGGACUUGUGUAAGGUUAUAAUGACGAUGAUGAUUUGAAAACUUGGAUGAUUAAAUUAUUAGAAAUCGAUAUACUACAUAAUAUUUUAUCAUAAUCUGCUUAAAUUUAUUGAACUGCUUUAAACUAAAACACAGUAAGUUAUCGUAAAACAUUAAAAUAAAAUAAUGUUGUCGUUUGCCUUAAUUGUAUCCCAUGCUUGUCACAUGCAGAUUCAAAUAUUAAAAGUUACCUACAAUAGGUACUUUCCAAAAACUCAAAAGGCACAACCCUAUGCUAUGCUGGCAUUAAGUACACAAAAGGACGACAUUCGGUACAGGGUGGCUGGCAUUUGAGCCAUAAUGCCUUUUUUUUGCUUAUCGUCGUUUUAAAAAUUGUUCUUGAAAUAAUAUGAUUGUAAAUAAAUGUUCAUUAUAGUUUUAGAUAAAUAACCUAUCGAUUAAAACAAAUGUUUAAAAAUAUUGUGCCCUAAUUAAAAUAGCAGGAAUUUUUAAAGUUGAAAUUGCAACUAAAAAGCUGGUAAUAGGGGCAUCCACCCUAACUGUUGUUCGGUUUAUUUAUUUUUAAUCGAAAUAAUAUAAAAUAUAACUAAUAGUAUAAAAAGAAACAUUAACCUUUACAUUUUUCGAACAAAUUAAACUUCUCCGCUAUGAAAUCUAUCAAAUAUUAUACCUCACUUUUAAAUGGCGCCGCUCUGGUGGCAGAAAAAGUCGUGGAUGCCCUCAUUGUGGCAAAGCGGCAGGGACUGAAUUAAGAAUCUAAGAAUAUCCAGAGCCCCUGCCGUAUUUCUUAGGAAACGAUUCACGAAGUUACCCCUGAUUGUCUAUAUCCUAAAUUGUUCCUGCAGCAGUCGUGUGAAUAGUCGGCUCCAGUUAUUUUAGAAACUAUAUUUAUUGUCAUCCAUCUUCUGUAGAUUUCUGUGGACAUAAAUUAAAAAUAAGUAAUUAAAUAUGCACAAAGAUAGCUAAAAUGCUUAUAUUAUAAAAGUAUUAAUUAAGGUAAUUUGUUACUAUAAAUUGAUAUUUUUGUUACCGUUAUAAAUAAGAAUUGAAACAGAAACGGUUUUACUCUAUAUAGACUAUAAAUAAUACGUAUUGAAAGUC